AUGUCGAUUCACUUCAAGUUCCGAUCCGCGAAGGAGUUUGAUUCGCUGGCCAUGGAUGGCCAUUUUAUUUCCGUCGCGAAUCUUAAGGACCGAAUUAUUGAGCAUAAGGGACUUGGAAUGGACUCGGAUGUCCAGAUUUUCGAUGCGCAAACAGAGGAAGAGUAUGGCGACGACAACCAGCCAGUCCCGCGCAACACCAGCGUCAUCAUCAAGAGAAUUCCAAGAUCAAGAGCCCGGGUGGCGCAGCAGCAGCAGCAGCAGCAGCAGCAGGCACCAUCUUACCCGGCAUAUAAGGGCUACAACCAGCAGCUGAAUGACAUGGACGGCAUGAUGGAUGAUCUGGCAGACAUCUACGGUGACGUCAGCGGCCACGCUUCUGCCACGUCAGCAGCGCCAGCCACCAACGCCAUGGGCGCGUCAGCAGGAGGGGGGGGGCUUGGCGGCACAGGAGGACAGGGAGGGGGCGGAAUGGGGGCAGGGGGAGCGGGGGGAGCAGGGGGAAUGGGAGGAAUGGGGGGAGCGGGGCAAGGAGGGGAGAUGGCUGGGGGAGGCGGAGCCAUGGGGGGCGUGGGCGCAAGUGUGCAGGAGCAGGUUGAUGAGGAGACGCGCAUGAUGUCUGCCAUUGUGGAUCAAGCCAGCACGGACUGGCAGAGGCCAGCACGGACUGGCAGAGGGCGUUUUCCCUUUCCCCAACGGAAUGCGGUCCCACAUCCUGGUUACAUCUGUUACCGCUGCAACAAACCAGGUCACUACAUCAAGCACUGCCCCACCAACGGCGAUCCAGCAUUCGAUGUGGUGAGGCGGGUGCGGCCACCAUCGGGCAUCCCAAAGAGCUUCCUGCGGCCGGACCAGGGAGGGGGCUACCUCAUGCCGGAUGGGUCAAUGGCUUCUAUGGGCGCGCAGGAGAUGCAGCAAGGCAACGAGCAAGCCUUUGCAAGGGAAACAGAGCCUUUCCUCACCCCAAUGCGGCAGCCUCAAGCUGCAGAGGUCCCUCCGGAGCUCAAGUGUCCGCUCUGCUCCUCUCUCUUCCGCAACGCGGUGCUCAUCCCCUGCUGCCACCUCUCCUUCUGCGACCAAUGCAUUCGGCAGCAGCUGUUGGCCAAGGGGAGCUGCCCCAAGGGUUCAGGUGCAGGGGCAGACGGGGCAGAUGCAGCAGGGGCAGAUGCAGCAGGGGCAGAUGCAGCAGGGGCAGAUGCUGCAGCCACAGCAGCAGCAACAACAAUGGCAGCAGCAGCAGCAGCAGCAGCAGCAGCAGCAGCCACAACAACAACAGUGGCAGCAACAACAGCAGCAGCAGCAGCAGCAGCAGCAGCAGCAGCAGCAGCAGCGGCAGCAGCAGCAGCCACAACAACAACAGCAGCAGUGGCAGCAACAGCAGCAGCAACAGCAGCAGCAGCAGCAGCAACAGUACCAACAGCAGCAACAGCAACAGCAACAGCAGCAGCAGCAACAGCAGCAACAGCAACAGCAGCAGCAACAGCAACAGCAGCAGCAGCAACAGCAACAACAGCAACAGCAGCAGCAGCAGCAGCAACAGCAACAAUUGACCACCAAACAGCCUAUGGGGCCGAACAACUCUGCCCCUAUAUGGGUGGGGGCAAAAAGAAGGACCGUGCAUGCUACACCUGCGGAGCCAAGGACCACAUGAUGCGAGACUGCCCCCAGAACAACAUGGGGGGGGGGAUGGGCGGAGGCAUGGGCGGAGGGAUGGGGGGAGGAAUGGGCAACAUGGGGGGAGGCAUGGGCAUGGGAGGGGGCAUGGGAGGGGGCAUGGGAGGGGGCAUGGGAGGGGGAGGGAUGGGCAUGGGAAUGGGAGGUGGAGGCAUGGGCAUGGCCGGUGGUGGUAACUUUGGCGGCCCUUUCCCGAACCAACCUGGAAUGUUCCCCGGCCCAGCCGUGAGGCGUUUUUUUGGCACCGAUGCUGUUCAUUUCAACGCCUCAUAG